UCUAGCACAAAAAUGUGGUUUCUCCGUGUUCUAAACCUCGCAAAAAAGUGCAUCACACAUCAAUAAUCACGUUUACCACUUUAUCGUAUCCUGGUGCAUGCUGUGAACACCGAUCCUCACAAUAUGAGUCACUCGAUCGACGAUCACCGAUCGAGACAGUCUGGCUCGCGGAGAAAGCAUCGUUCACCAACUCGCAGUCCACCAUCAUGUCAAAAACGCAAAUCAAGCACUCAUUCCAACCCGGCUGACCGGACACCAUGUGAACAGACCAACUUGAUUCAUUUUUCCUUUCUGGAUCACAAAACGGAACUGAAUCGUGUACUGCGAGGUUACUGUGCUCGCGAUCAGCUGGUGGACGAUGUAAAUGAUUUUUGGUUGUUCGUUAACAAGUAUGAAUCCUUACUAAAACGCACCGGACAACCGAUCCUUCCUGAACCACCGUCAGCCAGCGGUAUGCGAGAGCACUGUCCUAGUGGGACGAUACCUUCCGAGUACAGUAAAGCGCUCGGAUGUUGCGUGUCGUUGAGAGUUCCCAUCGAAGAGCUGUUUGCCCGUUUGGGAGGAACAGGUUCGAGUGCCAUAACGCACACAAAACUCAUACAACUGCUACAGAUAGUGACGCAUUAUUUAGACUUCCGCCAGCGCGAGAAGUUUAACAAACUGCGCAAAUUACGUCAGGCGCAGGCCAAUCUACCGGUCGCUAAGCAUCGUGAGGAAAUAGUGGAAGCGGUACGAAACGAGCGCGUAGUAGUGUUGGCAGGUGAUACGGGAUGUGGUAAAUCGACCCAGGUACCGCAAUAUCUGUACCGUGCUGGCUAUGAAGGUAUAGCCUGUACUCAGCCGCGCCGUAUCGCUUGCAUUUCCCUCUCGAAACGUGUUGCCCAUGAACUGUUGGCCGAGUAUCGAACCGAGGUUGGAUACCAGAUACGGUUCGAGCGAAGCAAAAACACAAACACAAAGAUACUAUUUAUUACUGAAGGAUUGUUGCUGCGGCAACUAGCAAGCGAGGACAAUCUUGAGCAGUACUCUGUCAUCAUCCUGGAUGAGGUACACGAGCGACAUCUGCAUGGUGACUUUCUGCUGGGGAUUGCCAAGUGUCUUAUCCGUGCACGACCCGACCUUAAGCUGGUUCUCAUGUCGGCCACCAUCAACAUCAAGCUGUUUGCAGACUAUUUCUCGGAAGAAGAGGCCCGCAUCAUCGAGGUACCUGGACGACUGUUCCCCAUCAAGCUGCACUACAUGCCCCAGUUACAGGACGUGCCGGUAGGAUCAGCAGGCAGUUCGACGGGUGGUAAACGUACCCAGAGCGAUCGUCUCAGCCCAGAACCUUACAUACAAAUUCUGCAACUAAUUGACCAAAAGUAUCCACCAACGGAAAAAGGGGACGUAUUAAUCUUUCUCAGUGGCUUGAACGAAAUAACGGCCAUUGUAGAUGCUGCCCGAGAGUACAACGAAAAAAACAAAAACUGGAUCAUUUUACCCCUGCACAGUACGCUCUCGAUCGCCGAGCAGGACAAGGUAUUCGAUUACGCACCGGACGGUAUGCGCAAAUGCAUCGUCUCAACGAACAUCGCCGAAACGUCGGUCACGAUCGAUGGUAUCCGAUUUGUCGUGGAUAGUGGAAAAGUGAAAGAGAUGAGUUACGAUCCAACCACGAAAAUGCAACGGCUGAAAGAGUUCUGGAUAUCGAAGGCAUCUGCCGAACAGCGAAAGGGACGGGCUGGACGUACCGGGCCUGGCGUUUGCUAUCGCUUGUACGCGGAGAAACAAUUUUACGACUUCGAUGCGUACAGCACGGCGGAAAUACUGAAGGUGCCAUUGGAAUCACUGCUGCUGCAGAUGAUAUCUAUGGGCUUGCCAAAUGCGCGACUGUUUCCCUUUGUCGAGCCGCCCCCGAUGGAUAACGUGGAGAAUGCGAUCGUUAGCCUGAAGGAAGCGGAAGCACUGACAGAGGACGAGAAACUGACACCUCUUGGUAAAGCGCUGGCAAAGAUUCCGGUCGACAUUGGAAUUGGAAAGAUGCUGCUGAUGGGCUGCGUAUUUCAGCAGCUACAACCAGUGCUUACACUGGCCGCAGCAUUAAGCGUACAGUCACCGUUCACCAAUCGAGCCUACCGUGAUCCAGAAUGUGAGAGGUCACGCAAAUCGCUCGAAUCCGAUCAUGGUGAUCCGAUCACACUGCUAAACGCGUACAAAGAAUGGUUGGAGAUUAAGCAGCACCGGACAGACUAUGGGCGUCGUGACGAUAGCAAUCAUCGUACUGAAAGCUCCAAGGUGUGGUGCCGUCGCCGAGGUCUAGAAGAGCAACGGUUCUACGAAAUUACCAAGCUACGCAAUCAGUUCCAGGAUCUGUUGCAGGACUGUGGUCUCAUGGAGUCGCAAAGCAGUGAACAUCUGUCCAGUGCGGAGAGAGCAAUUCGCAAUGGGGAGCUGCGUCAGCUAAAAGAACUUCGGAAGGCACACCGCAUGGAAGCACCCCGAAAGCGCAAACUGCUUAAAUCUGAUCCUUGGGGAUUGGGUGAAGAAGGCGAGGAAGAGGCAGACGAUGGGAAGGUGGACAUAAGAGAUGUAGAAUUCCGUUUGAGCCAUGAUUCCUCCAAGCUGCAGCAUCUGGUAUCUGGUGCCACGGCUUGCAGCUAUAGAGAUCUCAUGACGGUUAAGCUAAUUCUGGUCAGUGGCCUCUAUCCCCAGGUGGCGAUUGCCGAUGAGUUUAACUAUUGUAAGAGUUUAUCGGAACAAUUCUUUCACACCCGUGCGAAACCAUACGUGUCGCUGCAUCCAAUGAGCUUUUUCGGUAACAAUGCGCAACUACUGCAACUGACGGAUAGUGAGAUUGAAGAGAAACCGCCCUCAUACAAAUCACGUCAACCGCUUAGCUCCCGUCACCAGAUUGUGUGCUAUUUAACGCUCCUGGAAACGAAUAAAUCUUAUCUAACGAACACGUUACGCAUGCCGGCCGCCCAAACGUUGCUAUUGUUUGCACAUACGCUCGAAACGAACACUACCUUCUCACGGAUUGUGUGUGACGUGUGGUUGUGUCUAGACUUUCCUGCUCCGGAAAGUGGACAGGCAUUGCUGCUGAAAGCCACCAAACUGAGACGACUUUGGAAUCGAUUACUUGCGGAAAAGCUAAAAGCACUUACAAUAACGGCAGAUGGUGAGCUAACGAAGGUCGAACGAAACGUUGCAAUCGAACAGAUGAACCGUGAACUCUGGUCCAGUUUGGCCCAGUACAUGAACACGGAAGUGUGUUACACAAUUAAAAAGCUACUUCCGGCUGAUCUGAAAUCACUUUACAUUGGACCUACGAUGGAGGAUAAUAAUGAGGAUGGUGAACAACGAAUGGAUCUACCGAAUCCCAACCCGUUUGCGGAAGAUUUCCAACCUUUGCACAACGAAACGAAGGGUGGCGUAUUCCUAACAGAAAACGUUACUUACGGUUGUGUUGUGGAGACGGAUUGGAGCAUUUUGAUGCACGAACAAAUUCUGGAGCAAGACUGGGAAUGUGGACAUUGCCGAGGAACGUUUCAUUUGACCGGUUUACAAAAGCUUCAACACGCAGUCAUUUGUACACCGGUUAAGAUCGAUGAAGCGAUUGUAACAACACCAACGACUAGUGCAGUUGGUUCAUCCAGAAAGCUAAACGUGACCCGAUAUGAUUGCCCAAGCUGUGGUCAGCAACUAAUGUUGAGCGCAAUUGAGGUACUAAAACACAAAAAGGGUUGUAACAAACGCAUCAAACAGGAACUGGAGCAUUAGUUUUGAACCAUAGAAACAUUUCCUAUGUUACAAACAUAUUUGUAUUCAUCUCAAUAAUUAAAAAUCCUGAGAAUUACCAAAUA